CUCUCGCAAAAUAAAAGUGCUGCUGUCGCAAGGUCUUGUGACUUGACUGUAACUUGUCAACAAAACAGUAAUGCUGAAGUUCGUGUCGCUAUUGCUGGCCCUUAGUUUCUGCCAGGGCCUGCAGCACAACAACAUCGACGACUAUGUUGAGGCCGAGCCCGUUUUCGAGGCGUCAAAGUACGGCUCCCUGUGGCCUCUGCCGCAGAAAGUGCAGAUUUCAGAGGUUUCAUUCAAGUUAACCAGUAGCAGCUUCAGGAUUGUUGAUGCCAAAGCAUCGUCCGCUGGACCGAGCUGCAGUCUCCUACAGAGCGCAUACAGGAGGUAUUAUGAGUACAUGUUCGGCAGCGCUAAAAAGCAGUGGUGGAGCAAAAACAACAGGCGAUCAGAUCCCUCUGAUCUGUCCGAGCUGCAGGUGUGGAUCACAUCACCUGACUCUGAAUGUGACGGAUACCCCAGUGUGACUUCUGACGAGUCAUAUGAACUGACAGUGAAUCAGCCAGUUGCUGUCCUGAAGGCACCUAAGGUCUGGGGAGCUCUGCACGGCCUGGAAACCUUUAGCCAGUUGGUGUUUGAAGAUGAAUAUGGAGCUAAAAGUAUCAAUGCAACAAUAAUCAAUGACUUCCCCAGGUUUCAACACAGAGGCAUCUUACUGGACAGCUCUCGGCACUUCCUUCCCAUUAAAGUCAUUUUGGCCAAUUUGGAAACAAUGGCAAUGAACAAAUUCAAUGUUUUCCACUGGCACAUUGUUGAUGAUCAGUCCUUCCCUUACUUAAGCCGAACCUUCCCACAGCUCAGCGAGCAAGGAGCUUACCACCCAUACACCCACGUGUAUACACCAGCCGAUGUGAAGAUGGUAAUCGAGUUUGCUCGUCUAAGAGGCAUUCGCGUCAUACCGGAGUUUGACACUCCAGGACACACACAGUCUUGGGGCAAAGGCCAAAAAGAUCUUCUCACACCCUGUUACUCUGGGUCCAAACCCUCUGGCUCUUUCGGGCCAGUGAAUCCCAUCCUGAACACCACGUACGACUUCAUGGCUCAGUUCUUCACGGAGAUCAGCACCGUGUUCCCCGAUGGCUACGUUCACCUGGGAGGUGAUGAGGUGGACUUCACAUGCUGGAAGUCCAACCCAGACAUUCAGAAGUUCAUGGAGCAGCAACAUUUUGGAGACGACUACAGAAAACUGGAAUCAUUCUACAUCCAAAAACUCUUGGAUAUUGUGACCUCUACCAAGAAGGGCUACCUGAUCUGGCAGGAGGUCUUUGACAAUGGUGUUAAGCUGAAAGCAGACACACUAAUCCACGUUUGGAAGGGAAACCAGGAACAAUACCAGAAUGAGAUGGCAAGCGUUACUGCAUCAGGGUACCAGACCCUGCUGUCCACUCCCUGGUACCUGAACCGUAUCUCCUACGGGCAGGACUGGCAGGGUUUUUACAAGGCCGACCCACAGGACUUUAAGGGAACUGAUGAGCAGAAAAAGCUGGUGAUUGGUGGAGAGGCCUGCUUGUGGGGAGAGUAUGUGGACGCCACAAACCUCACACCCAGACUUUGGCCUCGUGCCAGUGCUGUGGCAGAGCGGCUGUGGAGCGCCAAAGACGUGACCGACAUCGGCGAUGCCUUCAACAGACUGUCGCUGCACCGCUGCCGUAUGGUAGAGCGCGGCAUCCCAGCUGAGCCGCUGUUUUCCAGCUACUGUCCACAUGAGUACAAGGGUGUCUGAAAACGAAGACCGGACCCAGCAAAUGAAAUGGAAAGGGAAGAAAUUCAUAUUCUUUUGACUAUUCUUCAACUAUAUGAAACUAAAAUGCUGAACUUCCUAGAUCACUGUACCGAUGAGCUCUGAAACGCAUCGUCCUUUUUUUAGAUUUGCUCCACAGAACUUUUAAAUCACAUUUAAUGUCGAGGGUGUUACUGUUAUGAUUGCACUUUUUUUAUGAAUGUUUCUAGAAUUCAUUGUCAAUAAAAAGUUAAAAGUUCAGAAGAGUUUUUCUGGUUGUUUACAAAAUAAAAACCAAGGAUUUAAAGUGA